AUGAAGAAUCUUGAUAUCAAUAUUCAUUCAGAUAAAAAUGAUUCUGAGAUACGAGAGAACAAGGGCACUGGCGGCGAUCAAAACUCGUCUCAAAUAUCCAAUGUGGAAUUCGGUACUUUGAAGAAGAUUGGAACUAACGUAUCCCAAGUAUCUACAUUCAGUAACUCAACUGUCAAAUCAAAUCCAUUAGUCAAACUAUUCACUAGGAACAGGUCACAAACAAACGUUGUUGGAAGAAAUUCCGAGGGAGAGGUUUCAACUAUUUUGGAUUCCAAAAAUGAUUUUAAUGAGAUCGAACCUCCAAAGGAAACAAAGACUACAAAGUUGAGAGCAGCGAAAAAGAUUUUGAGUCCCUCAAGCAAACUGCACUUUGACUCUGCAGCAGAGUCAAGUUCCACCGACGAACGAUAUUCAACAAGACGGUCAAGCGAGGAGUCAAGGGGAAAGAAACAAAUAAUAACUUCACCACUGUCGGGUUUCCACAAUCUUUUUCACAAGUCACAAUCUGCAGCUGGCUUGUCCAAAUUCAGUGAUAGAAAUGCUGAUGACAAGCUGUUUUCUGGCUCUUCAAAGACCCCAAUUUGCUUGUCUUCAAACAAUUCAAAUUCGGUUGUAAAUGAUACGACGCUAGCCCGAGUUUACAAGUUCACAAGUGCCAAUAUCUCAACUGAAGAUAACGAAGGCUUCACGGAACAUUCCUCACUCCUCGAAAUCCAUAGGAAGAUGUUAACACCAGCUGACCUGUACAUCCAAAACAAAUUUAAUAGACAUCAUCAACACGAAAUUGGGUUGGGCAUCGUGGAGAAAAGCGGCAAUGGGCUGUCAAGUAUUUCAAGUGAUGAAGAGGCGAAAUUGAACAAGUCAAAUCAACAAAUAAGCUUGCUUUUGAAGCCAUUAUUUAUACCAUCCAAACAAAGGAAUUCGACGUCGUCCUCACCUUAUCCAUUCUUGGGACAUUCUUUCGAUGAAAUGGGACUAAUGAUAAGAAGCCAUUUUACUGCAGAAUUCAACAGAACAGCUAACGUGGAGCAAAACCAAAAAUACGGGAAGUACAGGCUGAAGUCGAACAAAUCGAGCUCAAAAGGUCAAGCUUCUAGUAUGAUUGGAAUCGAUAAUUUUACAAUCACCAGGCUUGAUGAAGAUGACACUAGAGAGUUCAUUCAAGAUUUAUCGGCUAUUUUUGUGUCGUGUUUAUGCUGGCUCAGGCGUGACGUGUCGAAAUCAGUGCAAGGUUUAGACCAUGUUAAUGACGGAAGAGGCUCUAAUAUUCUAAAUAUGUGGCAGACAGUGUCAGAAUCAUGGUUUUACUAUAAUAGGAAUAUUCGCUUUCAGAUUUUGCAAAUAUUCCAAGCGAUGUUUACUGGAUCUAGGUCAUAUACGGAAGGCAGUUUCGUGGAACAGAAAAUACCACCAAUCUGUAUCGAUGAGGUGCUUCAACAAUCAUUUUGCACAGUGUUUAUCAUUCCAUUGAUCGAGGAGAGAAAACGAUGCUGGACAUCUUAUCAGGAUGUUAUUAACAUUGACAGCUACGGGUUGCUCAAUGACCAAGAGAAACGUUUAUUUCAGCAAAAUUUGUCAUUGCAUGCUAAUGCGUUACACUGCUUUGGAUCUUUACAAAGCCUACCCCAAUCGAGUUAUUUCAAACCUGAUGUUGAAGUACAGCAUUUACACCAGACAAUGAGGGCCAUUGUGGCAAACUUGUCAGAUCUUCGUUGA